GGGGAAAAAAACAGCAGUGCCGGUCCCUGAAUAACCCCAGUGCAGGUCUCGCUCUAGAUAUACAACUUGUCCAGAUGGGUUUCUUCAGCUCAGUUCAUAUGACAACGACGGUUGUUGUCAACAAGAAAAGGUGAAAUGUAAAACAACCAAAUGCUAUGAACGGGAGAAAUCGACUAUAUAUAUAUAAUCAACAAAACAAAGUAAUUCUUUGGAUUUUUUUUAUUUUUAGCUUUCAACUAUAUGUUUAGUUAUGGAGAGUAACGUUGUACGUUGAACCGCAGAUGAAUGUAUAUUUUGUUUACACAUCCAAAAGUGUUUUUGGUUCUGUUGUUAGCUAGUAGGCUAACUAGCUAGCCGGCGAUGUAUUUGUGAUUUGGCUGGCUAGCUAGCUGAAUAUUCUUUCUUCUCAAAGUUGUUUUAUGGAGAUAGUUAGCUUGUGUGUUACACAAAUAGUAGUUAGUUUGUCAUUGUCGUGAUUGUAGGUUAGCUAACUAACCAGUGACGUCUACAUUGUUAGCUAGCUAGCUAGUUAGCCUCGACGUUUACAGGAUGAGUAACGUUAGCAGUCAAAAACGCCAGCAUUUUAAAGGAGCCGAAGUGAGCUGCGGUGUCAAAUACUUCUUGUUUGGAUUUAACAUCAUAUUUUGGUUACUGGGAGCAGCCUUCCUGGGCAUAGGACUGUGGGCAUGGGCCGAGAAGGGGGUGCUGUCCAACAUGGCCUCCAUAACAGACCUGGGAGGUUUCGACCCCGUGUGGCUGUUCAUCGUAGUGGGAGGAGUCAUGUUCAUCCUGGGAUUCGCUGGUUGCAUCGGAGCGCUACGGGAAAACACUUUGCUUCUCAAAUUUUUCUCAGUGUUCCUGGGUCUGAUCUUCUUCUUGGAGCUGACAGCAGGCAUCCUGGCCUUUGUGUUCAAAGACUGGAUCAAAGACCAGCUCAACUUCUUCAUCAACAACAACGUCAAGGCUUACCGCGACGACAUCGACCUGCAGAACCUCAUAGACUUCACACAGGAAUAUUGGUCGUGCUGUGGAGCCCACGGUCCUAAUGACUGGAACCUGAAUAUCUACUUCAACUGCACUGAGUUUAACCCCAGUAGAGAGCGCUGUGGAGUCCCCUUCUCCUGCUGCGUCAAAGACCCUGCCGAAGACGUCCUUAACACACAGUGUGGCUACGACGUGAGACUUCAAGGGGAGUUGGACCAGCAGAAGUACAUCCACACCAAGGGUUGUGUGGGCCAGUUUGAGAGGUGGCUUCAGGACAACCUGAUCAUUGUAGCUGGGAUCUUUGUGGGCAUUGCACUUUUACAGAUAUUUGGGAUCUGCCUGGCUCAGAACCUGGUGAGUGACGUCAAGGCCGUGAAGGCCAACUGGUGACGCCAGGACCCUGAGGGGGAGGGAGUACUCUGACCUUUGACCCCCAACAUCCAGCUCACCUCCAACUGACUGCUAAGAGAUGAAAACACAAAGAGAUGUUUACCUCUGGACCUGCCAGGCUGAGAGGUGAAAACACAAAGAGCUGUUUACCUCUGGACCUGCCAGGCUGAGAGAUGAAAACACAAAGAGCUGUUUAGGCUGAGAGGUGAAAACACAAAGAGAUGUUUACCUCUGGACCUGCCAGGCUGAGAGGUGAAAACACAAAGAGCUGUUUAGGCUGAGAGGUGAAAACACAAAGAGCUGUUUACCUCUGGACCUGCCCGUCCGUCUAUUUCACCUUGUGUCACUUUCAACCCUACUUCCACUAGGAUUUCAAAACAGCCCUUCAGAAAGGCCUUCCAGGGCUGCUUGUUGGAUACCUCCUAUCCCACUUGUACAGCCUUUCUGUCUCCUGUACAGUAUAGAGUGGGCUGCUGACUGACCUACCGGCUGGCUGACAGGAUGGCAUUUUUUCCCGUUAUCCUAUGACCACUGAAAGACAUUAAGCUCUCUUCAUGUUAGGGUAAAAUUCAGAAAAUUCACAAGAUGGCAAGUCUGGAGUUAGCAAGGCCUUGCUACAGAUGCAUGUCUUUAACCAGCUGUUUGUUAAACAUCAUGUUUUAACAUAAAACAAAAUGUAUUUUCUUUUGCCUGUCGAUGUUUUGAGUUUAAUCAAACAGACAGACAUAUACGGAGAGGAUUUUUCUCUCCCGGCAUCCCUGAAGCACAUGGGGAUAGUAGGCUUUUACUUGAUCUAACCUUUAACCUUAUACUAACGUUAAAUCUACGUUAUACUGACGUCGAGGCGAUGUUUGUACGUGUUUAUUCUGUCUCUCUUCUGGACUCCCACCACUACCUUUUGGAAGCUUGAAUUACCUGACACCCUAGUUGUUAUUCUGAUCUGUCUGAUUUGUCUGGUCUGUCUGGAUUUUUACUUUACUCCUCUCUUAGUUUUUUUCUCCUAGUGUUUGUUGGUGUGUUUGUUGUCUAUCUGUCUUAGUUGGACUGUUUUUUUAAACUAGUUUGUAUAGAAUAACAAAUACUUGUUUAAUAUCUUCAUGUAUAAAUAGUAACACAUUUUCUCAAUAUAACAUGAAGGCUGCUUCAUCAUUGUAUCUUAGAGGAUUGAUAUGAGUAAGUAGACUUCCUGGUACAUUUCCCAUGUUUCCCAGAAAUCCUGGUUGUAAGGAUUCCAUAUUUCCUUUUUAUUCCUUCCUGAUUUCUAGGAACCUCUUCCACAACCAGGAUUUCUGGGAAUUUGGGAAAAAGGUAACAAAAUGUUUUCAAAUCUAUUAGUAUGUUGUUUGUAACCAGGUCUAAAGCUUCCAUGGUGAAAUGACAUCCAUAUUAUUAUUCUGAUCUUUAUUAGAACAGAGAAAGUGGUGGUUCAUGUUUUUAUUUUAUUUUUCACUUGCGUUAUUUCCUUGUCAAUACAGAGUUUACACCAUAGCAUACCAGUACAUUUUAAGCACAUUAUCAGAUUUGUAGCAGUAUAUGGUUUGAAUUGAAUUGUAUUUAUUGGGAUUUGGGGAUUUUAAAUUAUGUCUGGCAUGAAUAAUAUUCCCUGCAGCUUCUGUCUGGCCGCACUCCAAAAUGUCAGCUCUUGUACACAGUUAUUUCUCCAAUCGUUAAGGUCCCUUAAGAUAUACCUUACCACUGUCUCGCUCUUCCUGUGGUGUGUACAAGGCCUAUGUGUAGGAGUUGUAGUGUUACUCCUCUUGGGGGAAUCCUUCCUGGUUGGGCUGCUGUUGUAGUAACAGGCUUGGUUCUUAGCUGUAUUAGCAUGUACCACCCUGCGUGUCAGUGCUCUUUAAUGCUGUUGUUCAGCAGCAUGGGCUCUACUACCCUGCUUGUCAGAGCUCUUUAAUGCUGUAGUUCAGCAGCAUGGGCUUUACUACCCUGCUUGUCAGAGCUCUUUAAUGCUGUAGUUCAGCAGCAUGGGCUUUACUACCCUGCUUGUCAGAGCUCUUUAAUGCUGUAGUUCAGCAGCAUGGGCUUUACUACCCUGCUUGUCAGAGCUCUUUAAUGCUGUUGUUCAGCAGCAUGGGCUUUACUACCCUGCUUGUCAGAGCUCUUUAAUGCUGUUGUUCAGCAGCAUGGGCUUUACUACCCUGCUUGUCAGAGCUCUUUAAUGCUGUAGUUCAGCAGCAUGGGCUUUACUACCCUGCUUGUCAGAGCUCUUUAAUGCUGUAGUUCAGCAGCAUGGGCUUUACUACCCUGCUUGUCAGAGCUCUUUAAUGCUGUUGUUCAGCAGCAUGGGCUUUACUACCCUGCUUGUCAGAGCUCUUUAAUGCUGUUGUUCAGCAGCAUGGGCUUUACUACCCUGCUUGUCAGAGCUCUUUAAUGCUGUUGUUCAGCAGCAUGGGCUUUACUACCCUGCUUGUCAGAGCUCUUUAAUGCUGUAGUUCAGCAGCAUGGGCUCUGGGUAUUUGCGACGACCGCUUUACUGUCGUUCGUCAAGAAGCCUUGAACGAUGGUUUGCCUGAAUAGGAGAGAAACCAGUUCGUGUGUCAGGCUAGGUUUUUAUGCAAAAAAAAAAAAAAGAUUAUUCUGACAUUAGAACAGGAUGUUUGUUUUCAAGGUCUAAUUCAGCUGUUUUUAUCUAUUGUCAAAUAAGUUCAGGGUAUGAAUGAAAUACCUUACUGUGAUUUUGUUUUUCAUUAAAAUGGUUUAAAAAAUAUAUUUUUUAAACAUAUUUAACAAAAAUGUUUCUUAGCAAAGAGCAAUUUCUCAAGCAAGAAUUUUGCUAGGACUGUCUGAGUGGGGAGGGGAAAACCGAAAACUAGCUGUUAUUGGCAGAGAGGUUCGGAACUCUUUGUUGGUCACCAGGCAGGCCAAAACGCUAACCCACCAAAACAUUCUCUUUUACUACGCUGGGCCUUUUCAUUUCAUUUGAAAUUAUGCUUUAGUUAAAAAAAUAAAAUAAUGUGUGGGGGGGUUACCAGCCAUAGGUUGUUGAAUUUGUUUUGUUUUGUCAUUUUGAUCGUGAUGGCCUUACAACAUGAUACCUUGUGAUGUUUCAUAUUUUCUCCUAGGUUUGUGUCCCAAAAUCACACUAUUCAAUAUUAUAGUUUGCCUGACCACUCCUCCUUAAUUGAAUUCCGCUGCUCUAUUGACCGCUCCAUACAACAGUGUGAACUUGUACGAGUCGUUUGUACUGAUGUCAAAAAUUCUGUGAUUUUAUUAUUCGUGUAGGCCAACUCUGGUCCAACCCAUCGGUUUCUUGGUCCAAUCAGAAUGAUUUGAAUGUGUUUGCAUUUAAUAAGUCAUCGAGGAGGAGGAGAAUCCAAACUCUUGGUGGAGAAGAAACCUUAGUGGGCCUUGGCAUCUGUCUGGAGCCAUGUGGAGCCUCUAGUCAAAAGUAGUGCACUAUAUAGGGAAUAGGGUGCUCUUUCGGGCACACCCUUCCCUCCCUAAGAUAGAUGGCAUCAUUCCAGAGCCUCCUGCAUAAUCAUGAAUGUAUACCUAUGGAUGAAUCUCAAUUGUAUUUCCUUGAUUCCUUCCAUACGCUCUCCUUGCCUCCUUCUCCAGUCAAAACACAUUGAAGGAAGAAUUCCAAAGGGAAGAUUGAGAUUCACCCUGUCUGUUACCAUCUGUUACAUAGACCUGUUCCAAUGCAUUUCACCCUAACAUGUCAUCACUACCCUUUAGCAGUGCAAUGAACACAAAUCUGAUGUGAAAAUAAGAAAUGUGAAAAAAAAUAAACCUAAGAUCUGUUAUUUUACAUCAUUAACAAACUUUAGCAUUAUUUUGUAUUUUGUACAUGAAAUCAAAUAGUUCCAUUCCAUUUUCAGGUUCUUGGUUUUCUUCCUUUUACUUCCUGUUCCUGUUUUACUUCCAGUGUACUUCCUUUGUUACUUCCUGUGUAUGUGCAUUGUCAUCUCAGGAAAAAAAAGGAAUCUGCAAAAUAUAUAUAUAUAUUUUUUACCUUGACACAUCGCUUCAUGAAUGAUUUGCUAGAUUUCAAAGCACGUCUGUACCUACGUGGGGCUGUACUAUAGGUUUACCCAAGUUCCUGCUGUAAGCUACAAUCCUCUCAUUGAUAAUACUGAUCUAUUAUAGAGAGACAACAUUGUCUGUGUUUUAGGUUCACAUCAUACAUGUGCAUUUAUACUGGUGUCGGGUGUUUCACAGAACAUGACUGAAGUAUUUCUCUGUUUUAUAAAAUGAAAAGUAUGUCUGUGGUUGCUUACUGUUAUUAUCUAACCUGUUCGGUGGGGGUUUAAAAAAAUUAAAAAAUAAAGUUUAUUUGUAUUUUAUCUCAAAGCCUUUUAAGAUAUUUUAUUUUACGUUCCCCACAUAGCUUGUACAUUUCCAGAGUCUACCUCAUUUUUAGAGAGGUGUCCUUUUUAAAAAGCUAGUGGUUGGAUUUGUUCCAUGGCCCGUCAGAAAGAUACUGAGAGGUGUAGAGAAUCUCAACUGUUUGUUAAAACCUAUAAGAGAGUCAUGACAGGAAGACAGUAGGUCCUUAAGUUACAACAUACAGGUGAUUUUUUUAUAAGGUUAUUUCUACUGUCUGAGGACGUAGCAUAGUUUCUAUUCUGAUGACAAGCUACACUACAGUAUGGUGAUUUUAAGGUUCAUUUGGUCAAAAUGUUUUGACAAGUUUGUCCUGAUCUUGAAAUGGUGUUGUGUAAUAUCUACCAGCGCAGUGACAGUACCAUGCCUGUCAUAGCCAUUCCCCUUUUAAUGAUGAUUCCAAAUUAUAUUUCUCUUCUUAUUACUAUUAUUAUUUUGAAGAUGUAACAUUCUUAUUGUAGCAUUUGUGUUUUUUUGUGUUAUUAUUUUUUAGAAAUUUUGAAAAUUAUUAUUUCUCUCAAUUUCUUGAAUUCCAUGUUGUUAUUAAUACAGCUGGAAUGUAAAAUGAAAUAAAAUAAACAUGAUAUUAGUCCUUACUAACCUCUAAAAUGGAUUCAUUUUAUUUUAGCACUGUUUUUAUUGUCAUUACGUUAACGUCUUAAAGGAUAGUAUUGCUGAACAGAGAAUGCUGAAAAUGAGUUAGAUGCCUUUCGAUAAUGGGGACAUGGUCUGUUACACUUGUACCAUUGUGUUACAAAUAUACUUAUUUUUCAGAUUAAAUAAAAAGGACUUAUGAAAAACA